GGUCGUUUGGGAGCUAUAGAACCUAUAUUUGGAGAUCUCAUUCACUGAAACGAUACUCAACAUGCCGGUCAACUCGAAUUUGGUUGUAGCUUUCUUCUUGAUUAGUUCGAUUUUGUUUGGCGGUAGUGAGUGCCUUGAUGUAUCGGGGCCAUGCAGAAUCUUACCUGUGGAAGGCCAGUUCAAUGCAACUGAGUACAUGGGCACCUGGUACGAGAUAAAGCGCUACGAGAACGCAGACCAACCAAACGGUGACUGUGUCACAGCCCGUUACACGCUCAACGCAUCCGUCAUGGAAGUGACCGUCGAAAACACGAUGAAACUGCUACCCAGUCAGCAAACGCUGGUAGCACGAGGUCGAGCAGUGCUGGCCAGCGCCACUAGUGGUGAAGCCAAAUUGAAGGUGCGAUUUGAUAGCACUCCGGCAAACGUCCCCGAUUCCGACUAUUGGGUGCUGGGAACCAAUUAUCAGCACUAUGCCGUCGUUUGGUCCUGUCGACCAAACGGAGAUGAUUCAUCUGAAUCAGCUUGGGUUCUAUCCCGGAAUCCUGUGCUCGACCAAUCAGCAGAAACACUUGUGGAUAGUAUCGUCAGCACCUAUUUGCAGCCAGAGUCCCUCCGAGUAACGAAACAGGGAGAGGAGUUUUGCAGCAAUGCUUCGUUGGUAAAAGUUUCCAGUGUUUUGGUGAUUGUGGCGUUGGCGAUGUUAAAGAAAGUUUGAAUGGUAAAUAAAAUGGUACACAGAAUGAUUCUUUGC